AUGUUGAACUUUAUGGAUAAGUGUAACUUGGUUGACUUUGGCAUGACAGGUGGGAGUUUCAGGAAGCUAGAUAGGACGCUUGUUGAUGUUCCAUGGCGCAUGUCUUUUCCAGAUGCCUAUGUCGAAGUUUUAGGUAAGUUCCACUCUGAUCAUAACCCCCUUCUCUUGCAGUGUGGCCUUCCACUGCAUAAUGAUGGGUCUAGACCCUUCCGUUUUGAGGCAGCUUGGAUCACUAACCCAAACUACUCUAAUAUUGUUCAAACGGCUUGGGGAAAAUCAAUUGACAACUUUACUUCAUGUCUUCACAAUGUCCAACAAGACUCUCUUCGUUUUCACAAGGAAACUUUUGGUAACAUCAGAAAAAGGAAAAUACAAAUUGAGCGGAGAUUGAAAGUUAUCUAG